UGGACCCAAGAUGGCGGCCAGUUAAAGUACGCUAUCUUAGCGGCGGGGAGAGAGCGAGCCACUGGGAAAUGGCGGAGACCGAGAGCUCAGAGCCCGGGCCGGAGGAGGACGAGGCCGGGCGGCUGAAUGUCAGCUCUCCGCGUUUUGACCCGUACUUGGCGCUGUACAGCAGACUGCCGCCGCCGCUGCCUUUCCCCAACGUCCGCACCUUCAACAACAUUGCCGAGUACCAGAGCUUCCUGAGGCGGCGGCAGCAGCAGGAGCCCGGGGACCCGGCCCAGGCCCAGGCCCCCGGCUGCCACAGGGCCCGCGGGCGCCGCCGCAAUGCCGCCUGGCCUCCCCCGGACCCCGACAGGAUCGAGCGCCUCAAGAAGCUGAUGGUGGCCGAGCAGAGCAGCGACGACAGGCCCAGGCCCCUCAGGAGGGAGCGGGCCCCGAAAAAUGUGCUGACCAGGAUGUCCCUACAUGAAGGCAGCCCACUGGGUGAAUUGUAUCGUUGCGUUCAGGACAGGAUAAAGGUCAAUGUCCAUAUCCGGACUUUCAAAGGACUACGGGGCGUCUGCUCAGGAUUCUUGGUUACAUUCGACAAGUUCUGGAAUAUGGCACUUGUAGAUGUGGAUGAGACCUUCAGGAAACCUGUCCUUGGAAAAGCCUUUUACAAUGAACCAGUAUUAACCGUGGGCCGGCUUUUUGAUCGUCUGAAACUACAAGAAAGAUCUGCAAAUGAGGAACCAGGUGCCAAAUCUACAGAACAGAUUGGCUGCUUACCCGAAAAGUUGGAAGGUGCUAAAGCUGAACAGGAUGGCAGCAAAAAUCUGACCUGUGCACUUAAAACAGGACUCACGCAGGCAACAUCCGAUACCUUAAACCCCUCUGCACAGAAUGAAGGAGGAGACCUUGAUCUUUCAAAGGGAAACACCAAAGAAAUGAACUUGGUGUUCAGGACACUAACAGGAGGAAAAAAGAAACAGAGAAAAAAAUCCCUACCCAGGAUAGAUUAUCAGCAGGUUUCUCAAAGACAUGUCAAUCAACUUUUCAUCCGUGGAGAGAAUGUCUUACUGAUUAGUUUCAUGCAGUGAUAUCUGUUAGCACAUUUAACUUCUGUAGAGUAUUAUACCAACAAAGUACAGAGGCAGAAAAUUUCCAACUGGUUGGAAAUCCGGCUCUCUGGAGCAGAGGAAAUAUUUGGAAUUAGUGUUUGAGCAGAAUCUCUGCUAAGUGAUUUUUUUUUAUAAAAGUCAGCAAGCUUCAGAUUUGGUUCACUUUGUUGGCAAAUUGUGUUUUGCUGCCUAUAUUUUUCAACGUCGACUUGUUCAAGUUGAAUUGCUGAUUGGAGAACCUUUAAUUGCUGUGCUUCAGUAAAUGUUUUGUUUCAAAACUUCA